AUGGCCGACGUAGACGCUCUCCGCGCAGGAAUUGCCAGUCUAAGAGAGCAGCUGGAUGAGGCGCGGGCGGACAAUAUCCGAAAGGUCGUCCAGAUCAUGGCUGCCAUGGAGCGCCUCGAAGUGCUGAUGGCCCUUCACGGCAAUGCCAUGGAGCAGCUUAAUGGCAUUGAGAUUUGA